AUGGGAACGGGGCGGCAGCGGGAUGGCGACUUGGGAAUAAUUCCCAGGGCCAUCUAUGACCUCUUCGAAGAUGUUGAGGAGCGGCCUCGUAAAGACCGCAUCUCCUUCUCAUUUGUUGAGAUAUACAAGGAGAAGAUGAAAAAUUUACUCGCUGCGACUGGACAAGGAGCAGUUUCCAAGCUAGCCUUUCCCGACGUUAACGGAUCCACUUUUAUCAAAAGUCUCACCGAGCUGCCGGUGGCGUCAUACGAAGUUGCCAUGCGGUAUUUUGACCAAGGCUGUCUCGACCGAGUUUCGGGCAUUACCGCCAAGAACCGGGAGAGCAGCCGGUCGCACGCCGCAGUCAUCGUGCGCUGUGAUAGUGUGGCAUUGGGAGACAGCGACAAGGUAGUAACCGGUAGGCUACUUCUUGUCGACCUCGCUGGGAGCGAACGACCGGCGAAAGGCGCGACUGGCGAGGGGUCCAGCAUAAACAUGGGGCUGCUCAGUCUUGGUUUGGUAGUGCAGGCCCUCGCUAAUUCGGCCCCGCAUGUCCCCUACCGCAACUCAAAGCUUACAAUGCUGCUUAAAGGCUCUCGCCUUUAUUCAUCUUUUGAUGCUGAAAGCAGUGGCGAAUUCUAUGCACACCAGACUCUUGAACUGGACUUGUGUUGUCCAAAGCCGCUCCGCAAAAAUUUCCAGAGGUUUGGUUUCAACUACGCCAACUUCAACAGGACUAACCCGGAGAAUGAACUUGCGUCGGCGGCGGCAGAUUACACGCCAGCCGCAAAUAGUAGGGCCACGGCUUUAAUGCAUGCCAACAGCAUCGACGUGGAAGGCACUACCACGGUCAUCGGGGAGGAUAUACGAAUCAACCCAGCUACACGACGACCAACUACACCGCGAUCCUACUCUAAUCUAAACAAUAGCGACGUUCUAUGGACCAGGUGGAGUUGUCCAAAUUGA